AAUCCUGAUUGGCUGCUGCUGCGAGUUCAGAGGUUGAUUUGUUAUGUAGCAGCUAGCAGAAGAGGGGUGUGUUAUAUUCAUAUUUUGUCACGUUUAUUCUUAUUUCUGCCUUUGUAACAUUAUAAAUAACGCUUUUCUUGCAAAAGGGUGGUGUCGCUGAUUUACUCCAGCUCUUAUGUUCAGUUUUGUUCAUGCUUUUAGCACUGACGACCUGUACAUGCUAGCUACCAGGUUUGACAACUAGCUAACUUCGUAGCAUGUGUUAUUCCCAAUGAACUAAUACAGCAAGAACUGACCUUUUAGCAGCAGCCAUCUGUCGCACGGUGUAUAUGGGGUCUGUCAGAGUUAUGGCAUCAACCAGGUUCCUGUGUUUGCUCAACGCGAAAGCAGCAGCCUCGACCAAAUCAUUAGCCAGGGCAGGUCUGAGUGUGUGCCUGAAGAGACAUGUCUGCAGUUCACCUUCAAGAUUGCAGAGCUGCAUGCCAGCCUGGGUCAUUGAUCAGUACGGUACUAAUGAGGUUCUGCGGUACACAGAAGAUCAACCCCUCCCCAAUAUUAGUUCUGCUAGUGACGUGAUGAUUAAAGUCCAUGCUGCCAGUCUGAACCCUCUUGAUAUAUCUAUGAGGGGUGGUUAUGGGGCUAAAAUGCUCAAACUAAGAAGAGAUCCAACGUCUAUGAUGAACAAUGAUAGUGAGUUUCCUCUGGUUCUGGGUCGAGAUGUGUCUGGUGUAGUGGUGGACUGUGGAUCUGAGGUGACCCACUUUUUUCCAGGAGAUGAGGUGUGGGCUGCUGUUCCCCCAUGGAAACAAGGCAGCCUGUCAGAAUUUGUGACUCUGACAGAGUAUGAGGUUUCCCAAAAGCCCAAAUCACUGAGUCACACAGAAGCAGCAUCCAUCCCUUAUGUAGCCAACACAGCUUUGUCUGCACUUGUUAAUGCAGGUGGUCUUUGCAGAGACAGCUCUUCAAAUAAAAGAGUUCUGAUCACCGGAGGAUCUGGAGGUGUCGGAACAUUCUCAAUCCAGUUAUUAAAGGCCUGGGGUGCCCAUGUAACCGUUACCUGCUCCCAGAAUGCUGAAGGCCUCGUUAGGGGGCUCGGGGCAGAUGAGGUGGUGGAUUACACAUCAGGAGAUGCAGCUGAGCGGCUGGAAAUGAUGGAGAAGUUUGACGUGGUUUUAGACAACGUGGGCGGGGAAACAGAGGAGUGGGCGAUGGGCCUGCUGAAGCCCUGGUCUGGGGCGAAGUACGUCACACUGGUGUCACCUUUACUCCUCAGCACUGAUUCCAUGGGCCUGCUGGAUGGGGUAUUUCAGGCUGGAUUCACCCUGCACAACAAAGCCAUACAGAACAUCAUAUCGAGCGGAGUCUUCUACAGGUGGGGUUUUUUUGCUCCAGAUGGGCCUGCGCUCGAUGAAGUCAGCAAGCUGGUGGAUGCAGGGAAGAUCCUGCCGGUUGUAGAGGCCCAGUUUCCCUUCACCCAGGUGCCCCAGGCUUUCCAAAAGGUGGAAGAGGGCCACGCCAGAGGGAAGACGGUCGUACGCAUGGCCGAGGAAGAUGACAGACAGGCCGAAGAGCUGGUGCAGGACCCUCCCAUUGGGGCUGCCGAGUCAGAGCCGGGAGAAGAAAGCGCCAAGCAAAACUAGAGACAGUCAGCAAGAGAAUCAAAACGUUUGUGAUUCUUCUCACCUGUAUGAGGCUGCUCUGGACUGCAGCAGACUUUUAUUAUUCAAAGGGAUCAGGGAUGCUGCUGGUGGGCUGCAGAACACAAGCAGGAUCUGAGCUUGUGAUGUGAGCGUGCUGCUGUGUUGUCUUUUUUGUUGAAGCUUACACCCUUCUGUACUGUAUUGAUGUCUUUAUAAGGUGUUUGAGUCAUAUUGCAUCCACGUCUCCUGGAACAUACUUUAAUUGCCAACUGCACUCUAAUAAAUAUCAAACAAGUCCAGCUGGUAGUCAGUACCCGGCUUUUGGAAGCUGUCCAAUUGGUGAAAUGAUCAACCCAACCUUUUUUGCAUUUACUCUGGACAGUGUUGUUACCAAAGUGCAGCUUAAUGUACUGUACAAUAUAUUUAAGAAAUGUAUUGACAAAAAUACUUUUAUUAUUCUGACAACAAAAGAGUUGUGUGCUGUCUAGUUUUUGAUUAAACACAGAAAAAAGACGUUUCAA